GGCGGCGACGGGCGGUUCCGGCGCGCGCCCGGGGCGGCGGCGCGCAGCGGGGGGCGGUCGGGGUGCGCGCCCGCCGCAGUGGAUGCCGCCGCGGCCGCCAUGCAGCUGACAGUGAAAGCGCUCCAGGGCCGCGAGUGCAGCCUGCAGGUGUCGGAGGACGAGCCGGUGUCCACGCUGAAACAUCUGGUCUCCGAGAAGCUCAACGUCCCCGUGCGCCAGCAGCGGCUGCUAUUCAAGGGCAAAGCCCUGGCAGAUGGGAAGAGACUCUCCGACUACAGCGUUGGGCCCAAUUCCAAGCUCAACCUAGUGGUCAAACCUCUGGAGAAGGUGUUGCUGGAAGAAAGCGCCGCCCGGAGACUCGCCGAGGCCCCACCCCCGCCGGCCCCCGCCUGGCAGCUCGUCUCCAAAGUCCUGGCCCGCCACUUCAGCGCUGCGGACGCGGCCAGGGUCCUGGAUCAGCUCCAGAGGGAUUAUGAGAGGUCCCUGAACCGCCUGACUCUGGAUGACAUCGAGCGCCUCGCUGGCCGCUUUCUGCACCCCGAAGUGACUGAAGCUGUGGAGAAGGGGUUCUCCAAAUAGGAUUCUCCGGUGUGGGGAGGAGCCCAGCCAGGCUACAAGCUGCAUGUAGCAUUAAAUGUGUUCUCCUGUUGC